UUCCUCGUCUUCGCAACCAGCAACGAUGGACAGCUUCGCGGAACCCCGCAAGCCCCUCGACAUCUCCGUCUCUCUCUCCGACGUUCGUGGGCAGGUCGCCAAACUCGAGGCCGACCUUCGCGAGAAGGACAUCCCCCUCUCUGGUCGAAUCAUCCAUGUCUCCCACUACCUCCCUAUCACCUGUGCCUUCGCUCGUAGGCCGCGUCCGCAAGAUAUUCCAAGUCCCCCCGCAACCCCGCCUGCGAAGGCCUCGGACAUCCCGCCAUCUCCUUCCACCGAGCAACCCCCCUCAGGAGACUUGCCGACUCCUAAGGCCACCGCCCCGGCACAGCAACACGAGUCCCCGCAAUGGACACUUAACGUGCGCUACGGCCACUCGGCCAUGGUGAGCGGCAUUGACUCCCUUGCGGAGACACAUGAGCAACUGUUCGUCGGUUGGACCGGCGAUAUCGAAUCCGUUUCUCAAGCUGGGCCCCCGCUCGCCGCACCGAAUUCAAGUGGCCCGUCGGAUCCCCCCAUCAGCAAAGUCCCGACGGCCUCCCUCAGCGAUGCGGACAAGAAGGAGCUCGAAGACCUUCUUGAGAACUACCGCUCACGGGAUGAGGUCGAGGAAGGGAAGGAGAUUCACUACGUGCCUGUAUUCCUUGACGAUAAGGAUGCGCACGGUCACUACGAUGGAUACUGCAAGCAGACGCUCUGGCCUCUGUUCCACUACUUGCUCUGGCAAGACGUCGCAACGGAGUACGCCUCCGCAGACGCGCACUGGGCACCGUAUGAGGCCGUCAACUCUGCCUUCGCGAAGCGUGUGGCAGAGGUGUACCGGCCCGGAGACCUCAUCUGGAUCCACGACUACCAUCUGCUCCUCGUUCCGUCGCUGCUCCGCCAGACCCUUCCGGAUGCCACUGUCGGACUCUUCGUGCACACGCCUUUCCCGAGUUCCGAGGUUUUCAGGUGUCUCCCCAGGCGCAAGGAAAUCCUGGAUGGCAUGCUGGGCGCCAACCUGAUCUGCUUCCAGACAUACUCGUACUCAAGACACUUCACGUCAUCGUGCGUCCGUGUGUGCGGUUACGAGGUCACGUCGCGGGGUGGCAUCGAUGUUCAAGGCCACGUUGCCGCUAUUGGGUACUGCCCCGUCGGUGUUGACGCGGAACGUGUGGCGAAGGAUACGCUCCGCCCGGGUAUUCAGCCCAAGUUGGAAGCGCUUCGUGCGCUCUACGAGGGAAAGAAGAUCAUCGUCGGCCGGGACAAGCUUGACGUGGUCAAGGGUGUCGUCCAGAAGCUCCGCGCGUUCGAGAAGCUGCUUCAGGACUACCCUCAGUGGAUCGGCAACGUCGUCCUGAUCCAGGUCACGUCCCCCGCACUCUCGGACUCGCCCAAACUCGAGCGUCAGGUCUCUGAGCUGGUCGCGCAUAUCAACGGAGAGUACGGUUCACUCGAUUUCAUCCCAGUGCACCACUACCACCAAACGAUCAAGAAGGACGAGUUCUACGCGCUGCUUUCGGUUGCAGAUCUUGGUGUGAUCACGCCGCUCCGCGACGGUAUGAACACUACCUCCAUGGAGUUCGUCAUCGCGCAGGAGCGCACGAAGAAGAGCCCCCUCAUCCUCUCCGAGUUCAUGGGUAUCUCGAGCAACAUGGUGGAUGCGCUGCAGAUCAAUCCUUGGAAUCUCAGCGAGGUUGCCGCUGCCAUGCACCGCGGACUGACCAUGCCGGACGACGAGAAGCUUCGUCGCCAUCAGGAACUGUACAAGACCGUGACCACCCACACGUCGCAUACCUGGGCUGCUUUGCUUGCCAAGAAGCUCCUUGAGCGUCUCGGCAGCUCGAACAUGGCCCGGCAGACGCCGUUCAUCCCCAAGGGCGACCUUGAAAGCCACUACGUGAAGGCAAAGAAGCGGCUCUUCCUGUUUGACUACGAUGGCACGCUCGCGCCCAUCGUCAAGACACCCAGCGCUGCCGUCCCCUCGAAGGAGACGUUGCAGGCGCUCGAAACGCUCACCGCUGACCCGCAGAACGUUGUUUACAUCAUCUCAGGGCGCGACGGCGAGUUCCUGGAGCAGCACCUGGGCCACAUCAAGAAUCUCGGGAUGUCCGCGGAGCACGGUGGCUUCAUUCGCGAGCCAGGACAGUCUGGGUGGAGGAACUUUACGGAGUCGCUGGAUAUGAGCUGGAUGUCGGAGGUGCUCGAGAUCUUCAAGUACUACACCGAGCGCACCACCGGCAGCCAUAUCGAGGUCAAGAAGAGCUCGAUCACUUGGCACUACCGUUCCGCGGAUCCCGAAUGGGGUCUCUUCCAGUGCCAUCAGUGCCAGGACUUGCUCGAGAACAACCUCGCUCGCAAACGUCCUAUCGAAGUGCUUGUCGGCAAGAAGAACCUCGAGGUCCGCCCGCUCGCCGUCAACAAGGGCGAGAUCGUCAAACGCAUCCUCUACUUCCACCCUGACGCCGAGUUUAUCUUCUGCGCGGGCGACGACAAGACCGACGAGGACAUGUUCCGCGCGCUCCUCCUGUUCCCGCAGCAGCCACAGCAGCAGCACGAGCGCGUCCGGCUCGAGCCCCCGCUCUCCGUCACGCUCCUCGCCAAGGAGGGCGAGCAGUACCCGCCCGUCGAGCUCGCCAUCGAGCGCGACGCGAUUUUCACGACCGCCGUCGGGCACAGCUCGAAGCGCACGCUCGCGCUGUGGCACGUCACGACGCCUGAGGAGGUCGUCGAGCACAUGCUCCACCUCGUCCGCGACAGCCUGCCGAAGGGGGCGGAGGGCGAGCAGACGAGCAAUCUAUAGGCCUAGAGUUGGCAUGAUCAAUCGCGUUGUCGUUGUAAGUGGCCAGCAGUUGUACACCCAACCAGUUGUAUCCAUAUCUUUCCCGUACCUUCUUGACUCUCCGGCAGUACCUCAGGGUCGAGAUACGAUGCUGCGAAUACACCCGCAUGCGCACCAUGUCAUUGUACUCUCAUCACUCGGGUUUCUCAUGUAGUCAUGGCUUAUAGACGUCCAAUAGACCGAUAUUUAGGAUCCGAGACCAUAACCAAUAGUAUGUGUCGUUACGACAGCUUUCGCAUCAAAUAGCCACCAUCCGCUCAGUAGGACGCAUGUACGCACCAGUAUCAAAC